GCUCCCAAUGCAGGCAGUACACUACUGGGCAGAAAUCAGAAUAUUCACAAUAAUAUAUCGUUUGCUGCGAGAAAAAUGAGAGGAAGAUUAAGUAUGAAUUCUGUUUCCCGCAUAAAGGCAUUACGCCUACCAGGUCAAGGGUCAGUUUGGCAGAGUACCAUUAGGUCAAUGAUUCAUAAACCAACUAGUGAGCCCACAGAUCAAGGAAUAAACCUUCUAGAUGACUGUGAUAAAAGGGAAAGAGAACCUGAAUUUUACACACCUGUGCCUCCUGAAAGCGCGGAGCAGCAAUCUCUUCUCUUAGCCAGACCCUCAUGCCAACCUGAUGACUCUAGGAUCUCCAGAGUUGCUAUCAUAGGCACUCCAAACUCUGGAAAGUCAACACUCAUUAAUAGUCUCCUUGGAAGACGGAUAUGUGCUGUCUCACAGAAGGUACACACAACCAUGAGCAAUGCUUUGGCUGUCAUCACCCACAGGAACACACAAGUGGUCCUUCUAGAUACUCCUGGUCUGAUAAACUACACUCAAGGCAGAAGACACAAGUUGCCGAGAUCACUGUUAGUUGAUGCUAAGAACACCUUACUGGAAUCAGAUCUUGUUGCUGUUUUGGUUGAUGUAUCCAACAAGUGGACCAAUAUGAAACUAGAUCAAGAAAUUCUGCUUCAACUCUACACUCACUCUCAUCUUCCAUCAAUUCUGAUUCUUAAUAAGGUCGAUGCAUUGAAGACCAAACAGUCUCUGUUUGAAAUCACAGAGUCUUUGACAGAAGGUGUGGUCGACGGCAGAAAAUUUGUUUCUCCCAGAAGAAAGGGGAAGUUCAAUAAUCAUAUCAGAAAGAGUCUGAAAACUGAACGGACAGAGAUGAGGCAUGAUGAGGAGGAAAAUGAGUCAAGGACCGGUGAAAGGAAUUUUACUUCACUCAGGAGUGAUCUAUUGAGAGAUAGGCCAGGGUCAAGAGGCACCAACCAAUGGUCAUUGGACAAUUCAGCGGUGAUAAUGGAUGAUGUCCAAGAGAUGAGCUUGCCAAAGCCAUCUGUCAGAGAAGAUGGUAGAAUUCAUGUUCAUGAUGGAUCAGGUAAUGACUCUGCAGAACUUACCAGUAGCAUUGCCAGCACUGACACUAACAACCUGCAAACAAAUAAAUUCCUCAUGGCAGAUCGUGAGGCAGAUACAGGCAGUCAGGUGACAAAAGUCCCAAAUUUUUACAGAACUCAAGGAUGUGGAGAACAUGUAACAGAUCAUGUGACUAGUGAUUUAAGUCUGGACACAGUUGUCGACACAGUGCAAUCACAUGACCUGGAAACGACAAAACAGGACAUCAUGCGGCAGUAUACAGCCAACCUUUUUGAACUCUCAGAUGAUAAAGAUGAAAUUGUUGCUAGGCAACAUGGACAAGGGGAGGAUACAGAAAGGAUAGAGAUGAUGAAGAUGGAGACAGAGAAGGAAGAAAUAGAGAGACAACGUGAGGAGAGAAGAAGGAUAUGGAAAAUGGCCAAGGAAAAGAACGGAUGGCCUGGAUUCAAGGCAGUCUACAUGGUGUCUGCUCUUCAUGGUGAAGGUGUGCAAGAUUUGAAGGAUUUCUUGUUGACCAAUGCAAAGCCAGGAGACUGGGAGUACCAUGAAGAUGUGGUGACCAACCUUACUCCAGAGGAGAUUCUUAGAGAAGCUAUCAGAGAGAAACUCCUAGAGACCCUUCCUCAAGAAGUACCCUACAACAUCUCUCAGUCAACUGAAUUGUGGAGGACUGGUGACCAUGGUGAGCUGCAUAUUGUCCAGACUCUCAUCUGUCAAAAGAAAUCUCAUAUGAGGAUGUUAGAAAAGAAGUUGGCCUGGAUUGGUCGCCAAGCAACUCAAAACCUGAUGGAUGCAUUCCAUACUGAUGUCAAGCUCAGUCUUCAUGUCAGAUUCAAGAAGUGAAGUCUAUCAACUUUAUUUAUAUUAGUUACAAUAUAAAUCUGUAUUGCCUUUAUAUACAGAUAAAUAUCCUGUAAGAGGUAGUUCACCCUGUCAAAGAUUUCAUUGUAAAAAUAGAAGAAAAAAUAUUGCCGAUGGUUUGAGAAAAGUCAAUCAAAGAACUAAAAUGUUAUUAGAAUUUUGAUUAUGAGGUUUGUGACAUCAUAUGCAAGCAGCUUUCAUACAUAUCAUAUGGUUUGAAAAAAAUCAAUGAAAUGUAAAAUUCUUAGAAAAUUGAAAAUGGUUGUUAAGUGUACUGUCAGUAUAUGAAUAGACCAAUAAUUUUUCACCCUUUCCUAAAAGGAAAACAAAAAUAAAUUAUAAUGAACCUUUAAAAAAA